ACAAAACUCAGUCGCCACCUUUCCUCCUCAUAACCUUCAUUCAUUCUCGCACUUUCCUACAGUUCCCAAAAUACCCCAAACCCACUAUGGUUGAUCAGGAGCAGCACAGCCGUGGCCUCUUGUCCAGCCAAAGGGACGAAGAAGAAGACGACAAAACCUCAUCCUACUCUCAGUCUCAGUCUGGUUACGGUGCCCGGUCUGGUGGUGGCUUGGGCGACUCCACUACUGGUUACGCUUCCCAAGGACGUACCGGGGCCCGCAGGGGCUACGGUGACAGCAACAGCACUGAUUACUAUGGUGAAGGACGCCUUACUGGCGGAGGCGGCUAUGGAGGAGGCAAAAUUGAUGAUUACUCGGAAGAAGGACACGGAGGCCGUGCCGCGUACAGCGAGAUCACUGCUUACUCUAGCGAAGGACAUCGUACUGAUGGAGGUGGCUACGGCGGGGCCAGCAACACAGAUAGUUACUCGGAAGAAGAACACGGAGGCCGUGCUACGGAAACCACUACUUUCUCUGGUGAAGGACGUCGUACUGGCGGCGGUGGCUACAGCGAUAACACUGAUUACUCUGGUGAAGGACGUCAUACCCGCGGCCGAGGUGGCUACGGAGACAACACUGAUUACUCUGCUGAAGGACGUCGUACAAGCGGCGGAGGUGGCUAUGGAGGGGUAAGCACUGAUGAUGACUCGGAGGAAGGACACGGAGGGCGUGGCAGAGGAGGGUACAGCAAGAGGAGUGAAACCGAUGAGUCGAGUGACUAUUGAGGAACUUAAUUAGUGUGCUGCUGCUACGUACUGGCGAUUAUGCAUUGCCUUGGCCCUUGCAUGAGAAGCACGAAGCAGAGAAAGAACAAAAGUCAAAAGAGAAAAGAGGAAGAGACUAAGGAAAUGAGAGAUUUUUCAGUGUGAUUGGAACAAGAAGUGAUAUAUCACGUGUUACUAUGAAAAUAGUGGGAUAUGUGUAUUAAAAUGUUAAUAACUUAAAAAGUAAAAUUUCACAUCAUUUAUAUAAAAA